GUUUGCGACAGUUUUUAUGACCCAAAGGGAAAAUGGUCUAUUGUUGGUGUUUUUCCCCCUCCAGUGAAUGAAAUAUAUAUUAGGUUUUGCGCGGAUUUUUGUGCGUUAACAGCGAAGGGCACCCUCUGACUAACGUCACUCCUCCCCCGGCCAUUCUGUCGCCGUUGGUGUUGGGCCAGUGGUUUGUUGCCUGAAGAACACGGCUGGGCUGGCGGCGAGCUGCGAUCUUUGAUCGGAAUCGUUGAUCGCACGGCCGCUGUCUCCGCCAGGCCUCCAGGCCCUCGCAGCUGCCUGCUGGUGACGCAUCCCUCACCCACGGGAGCAACAUGGGCUCGGUGUUGAGCAGGAGAAUCGCUGGGGUUGAGGAUAUCGACAUCCAGGCCAACUCGGCCUACAGAUACCCGCCGAAGUCUGGGAAUUAUUUUGCAAGUCAUUUCUUCAUGGGUGGUGAGAAGUUUGAUACACCACAUCCCGAGGGUUACCUUUUUGGCGAGAACAUGGAUUUGAAUUUCCUGGGGAAUCGCCCUGUGCAGUUUCCAUAUGUGACACCAGCUGCUCAUGAGCCUGUGAAGACCUUGCGCAGUUUGGUUAAUAUUCGAAAGGACUCUCUGCGAUUGGUCAGAUACAAAGAUGAAGCUGAUGGUCCUCCUGAAGAAAAUUCUAAGCCAAAAGUGCUAUACAGUGUGGAAUUUACCUUUGAUGCUGAUGCACGUGUGGCCAUAACAAUCUACUGCCAGGCAACGGAGGAGUUCCAAAGUGGUAUGGCAGUGUAUACGUCGAAGCACCCAUCCAUGCACUCUGAGACUGUCCAUUACAAGAGAGGAGUGAGUCAGCACUUCUCUCUUCCUUCUUUUAAAAUUGACUUCGCCGAGUGGAAGGAAGAUGAGCUAAACUUUGAUCUUGAGAAAGGAGUUUUUCCAUUAGUCAUUCGGGCUGUGGUAGAUGAAGUAGAUGAAUACUCUGGCCAUGCCCAUAUUCUUUUGGCUGCAAUGGAAAAACACGUUGAUGGAAGCUUUUCUGUGAAGCCCUUAAAACAAAAGCAGAUUGUUGACCGAGUCAGCUAUUUAUUACAAGAAAUAUAUGGUAUUGAAAAUAAGAAUAACCAAGAAACAAAGCCUUCAGAUGAUGAGAAUAGUGACAACAGCAAUGAAUGCGUUGUGUGCUUGUCUGAUCUACGAGACACCUUAAUCCUUCCUUGUAGACAUCUAUGCUUAUGCAGCACCUGUGCAGAUACUCUACGUUACCAGGCUAAUAACUGUCCUAUCUGCAGGCUACCAUUUCGAGCAUUGUUGCAGAUCCGAGCUGUGAGAAAAAAGCCUGGAGCUUUAUCACCAGUAUCAUUUAGUCCCGUCUUGGCUCAGACGAUGGAUCAUGAUGAUCAUUCGACAUCUGACCAUGUCCCCCCUGGAUUUGAGCCAGUUUCCCUAUUGGAGGCUUUGAAUGGACUGCGGUCAAUUUCUCCAUCUAUCCCUUCUGCUCCUUUAUAUGAAGAAAUAAACUAUUCUGGAAUUGGAGAUGGCUUGUCUCCAUCCAGCAGACAGCUAUCAGCAAUAGACAGGAUGGUAGAUAACUGUCCCCAAAAGCCCAAACUGAGCAAAUCCUCAGAAAGCAGUCUGCGAUCUCCAUCUUCUCCCAUACAAGAAGAAGAUGAAGAAAAAUUUUCUGAAGAUUCUGAUGUUCUGUUACAAAAGAAUGGGCCACAGCUCCAAGGUGGAUCAAGCUCCCAAGAAAUUGAGACAACUGAAGAAUCUCCGGAAAUACAUACGCACAAUCCAGUUAACAGACCUCGCUCUGAGGAAAUUAUACAAGAUAGCAACAUUGAAUACGGUAGCCAUGCUAAAGAAGAUGGUGACACUCCUCUUGCAAUUUCCCUGCCUGGAACUUCGGACUCUACCGAGAGCCUGAAAAGCCAGAGCACCAACAGCUCAUCUCAGCCUCUUCUUGCUGCCUCUAAUGCUGUCCUUAUAGAGGAUGAGAGCCAGGUUCCUUGAGAAUUCGAAUUAGCAACAGAAUGACCAAUUGCAUGUGCCAUGUAAGAUCUACUGUCCCUGUAUCAGUUUUGUCUUCAUGACACACUUAACUGUCUUGUUUUUAUAAAGUUCACCAUGCUUUAUGGUGUCAUAAGUUAUCACUUUCACCACGUAUUUUUAACAUCCAUGUGACCUAAACUUGUUUUCUUCUUUACACUUCCCACAACUGGCAGUUUGACUAACCUAUUCCCCACAGUGGCAAACUGUUAAUUUAUAAUGGUUCAUGUUCUGUAAUACAUUAUACACUAACAUAAAACACAAUUGCAGAUUAGGUACAUUCAUAUUUUACCCCCAACAAUUAUAUAGAAAACCAAGGCAGCUCAUUGUUCUUGCUCAGGUUUUCAUGUUUAAGAAAGUACAGUUAAAACUCUUUGCAAUUAAACUUCUCACUUAAAGUGCAGUGCUGAAGAACAACAUGUAAAGCAUUAUUUAUUGCUCCAUUUAAUAUAGAUUGAAGCCAUUUUGGAUUUUCCCACUGUAAUAAAUAACCAUUGAUAAUACAUGAUUUGAAAAAGUUGCAUUUCUCUUUCUCAAAAAAAGUACCAUAUGUCCUGAAGUUUGUACUUUGGACAGUACACUAUAUCACCUGUGCAGAAUGUUUUUUUUUCUCCUUGUAUAAACUGCUUUUUAAAACUUUGCAUCUUUCCAAAUACUAAAAUAUUUGACUUUACUCUUAAAUCUGUGAACCGUCUUAGUGUGAUUAAUUCUGGACACUAAACCAUAUUUUAGAAUGAUGUAUACAAGAAGACCACUGCUGCAGGCCAUUGGAAGUGUGUACAGCCUAAAACAAAUCCCUUUCUUUCAAAGUAUAUAUUUUCUGCUAACCACCUUAACCUUUACGUACAUUAAAAUUGUUGAAUAUAAUCUGUAGUAGAAUUUUAAUGCAUAGUCUGUGAUAUCUUGUAAUCUGUCUAGUUUUGUGGUGUCUACCUUAUUAACCCAUAUAAUAAUAUGGCAGUACAGUAUGGAACAUCUGUCUGAAGAAAAUAUGACCCACAAUUUUCCAGUGUAGUAAAGCCUUGACUGUCCCCGGGGGAUAGAAAUGGAUGCAAAUCUCAAAAGCCACUGUACAGCAAAGUUGGCACUGCUUUGUACUUUUAUUGCAGCUGUGGCAACCGGAGGCUUGGGGUGUUGAAAUUGAUCAGCUGGCUUGUUACAAUUUCGUAUCAGACUGAAAAGGGUAAUUGCAGGAUAGGGAAUCUCAACAGCAAGGCAUUUGACGCAGGAAUGAUCCAAGGAUUGCAAGUUUAAAAAAAAAGUGUUGAUAAGUUAAAGGUGGCACUUGUUCCACUAGAGCUUAAACACACCUUCGUCUGAUCUAUGGGGUGUUUGAGAGUUGCUUAAAAAACUUUAUCACCUUAAGCAGUCUCCCUAACAAAAUAUUAAAAGUUCUAAUUAGAAAUGUUAUCCAGGCAUAAAGGGUGGAGUUGGUAAGGAUACAGAUUCCUUUUGCAUGCAAGGGAGAGAUCAUGAUGUUCAUUGUAAUUGGUGAAUAUUCUGGUAUUUAAGGAACAGGCACAAGGAUGUGUAAUUCCCAGUAAGUUAUUGUACAGUUCAGCUGGAAUAGUGCAAAAUCUGUCUGGUCAGCUCCUCUCAAGCAAAUUAUAGGUAAUGAGGACUAUGGGAUGUGGAUGGUAGUAGAUGUUAGAUAUUGUUGAUAGUGGAUGUUGCUCCCUCUAGUUCUACUGUCAUGCUUUGGCUACCUAGCAGCCUGACCAGGAAUACUGCACCUGUGAAUUUACAAAACUGUAAAUUAGAUCUGCGGAAGAGUUUACAAUAUUUUAAACUGGCAAAAUCCCAAAGAUCUUAACUACAGUAUGCCAUUGCCUGGAUCUUCCAUUGUUCCUAAAUCAAUCGAUUUACAUUAGAUCUUAAUUUAUAUCCCCUCCCUCCCCCAACAGCAAAAGGGAAUUUUUAAAUUAUAUAUUUACUUCAGACUGUAUUUGACCAAUUUGCUUAAACUUUUCUCUACAUUUGCAUGAUGUUGCUGAUGUUUCAUGCUGGUACUGCUAAACAUUGGAUCUGUCCCUGAAGUACUUUUACACCGAUCGCUGAUUUUUAAUUUACCCUCUGCAAAAGGAACUCUCUCUCUUUUGUGUCCCAUUCAGUUUCAUCUUUGUCGCUAUUCACCUGGUUUUCCAUCAGAUUUUUAUAGAUGACAAUAUUGAUGCAGAAGCAAAUGAUAAAAAUAUGCAGGUAAAUUAGAGCACAGAUAAACACUUUAAAAUGUUUUAAUAUAGUUCUUUACCCACUAUGCACUUCAGAUUAAAUACGCUGUUUCUAACUAUGCUCAUGAUCUCUUCUCAACUCCAUUCAGCUCUUUUAAAACAAAAGGUAAAUGAUUAAGGUUUAUAUACACCAAGCAAAGUGUGCAACGUAACCUUUUGCUGUAUUCACAUUAUUCCUGAAAAUUUGAUUUUUGGUCUCAUUGAGACAAGGUGAAUUAAGACUGUUCAGGCGAGGUUAAUACAGCAUAUUCAUUCAGCUCCAUCUGCUGACAUCGUAUCCUUAUUCUGUGCCUUGUACCUGAUCUUAUGAUGAAAGUAAAUGUAAUAAAAUCUUGUCAUUUGAUCUGGUGAUUGUGAUUCAGCAAAAUCUUGAAUUUCAAACUGUUUUGGAAGAAAAUACUAAUUUUCUAUAUACUGUAGUAUAAAUAAAUGCUUAGUUGAAUGUAUUGUGAAAUGACAUGGAAAGCAUACAUGAACAGCAUAGAGUGGGUUAUCUUGCAGAAUCAUGUUGAAGUAAUUUUGUCCAUUGUAGAUUUUUAAAAUGUAGUCACUUAUUUCCAUAGCGCUUCAUUACUGCAUUUACUACAGAAUGUAUCAAGUGCAUCAUUUUAAAAGAUUGAAGAAAUUCACUGUAAUUUCAUAUGAAUGUGAUUUUACAUUUGUUUGUAGGAUAUUGUAUUGUAAUAAAAUGUUGCAAC